AUGUCUUCGCUUGCUGCUGCUGCUGCACUCGCAAGUACAGUGACCUCGGCUGCGGCCCUUGGUUUCGUUCCUGUUGCGGUUCGCUUUCAGCUGUUCGAUAUCUUGGCAGAUCUUGACAAGCCCGUGAGCGGAAAAGAUGUCUUGACGGCCCUCCAAGCCCGGUCCGACGGGAAAACAAGACAGGAUGUACCAUGUUUACUUUUGAUUCAGGAUACGCUGUAUGCCAUGUCCGGUUUGCGCUUUGUUGAUUUUGCCGGAGAGAAUCUGUACUGUGCCAAUGCCAUAACCAGGCAUCUGGCUGCCACUCCUUCCGCCCAACAUGGAGCUGUGCACUUUACAACGGAAGCCCUUCUUGGCGGUGCAUUUUUGAUGCGGAAACUCGAGAGGGAAAACUUUCAGUAUCCAUUCCAAGAGCGGGAGACGCCGUUUCAGUUCGCGUACAAAUCAAUGGGCCAAGAAGAGCUCACAAAAGAACAUACUUAUUCUAUUAUGGCCGCAGAAGGCCGCAUGGCCAGUUUCAAUCAUUUCAUGGUGGGCAAGUUUAUGAAAACAAAUACUGCUCCUGACCGUCUCCGAGCCUUAGGGUACGAUCUGGAAUCGGUUCUGAACCAUGCGCAAGCCUCCACUCCGUUGACCAUGGUGGACAUUGGUGGAGGUCGCGGGGAGAUGUUUCUCGAUUUCAAGGCAGCAUUUCCCCAGCUUCAGACUUCGGACCUGAUCGUCCAAGAGUUCAACCAUGAUAUUACCGAUAUCCCUGGCGUUACACUGGCUACGUGGAACUACAAGGACGAAAGUCCCCAACCGAUUAAGGGGGCGCUGAUCUACCAUUUGGCUCAUAUUCUUCACAACCUCCCCGACCUGGAAGCCGUGCGCCUGCUGAAGAAGAUAUCAGAGGCCAUGGCUCCUCACUCGCGAUUACUGAUUCAUGAGUUUGCGAAGAAUGCCAAUUACGCGAAGAUGCACGCCGCUAUGAUUGCCUUGUAUGGAGGUCGAGAGAGAAGCUCGAAUGAAUGGAAUCAAAUGGCGAACUUGGCUGGGCUUCGAGUGACAUUCGAAGCUUAUCCGCCGUUUGGCGAGGGGUUGAUUGAAAUGAGGAUGGUGGAGAGUUCUAUUCAGAUUGAAUAUUACUUGCCAAUCGCGGGCAAUAAUAGAAAAUUAAUUGAUGAACUGUCUCUAUGA